AUGGACUCAUUAUGCGCCAUGCGAAAACUACCAUGUGGGGGGCUCCGGAAGGUCGCCCCUCAGUUCUUCCCGGACGUGACAGUGAUAUUCAUCGAGAUAUGCGGUUUCCACGGUCUGUGCGCUCAGCUGACCCCUGGAACCGUCGUCGAACUGUUGAACGUUAUCUACCACGAGUUCGACCGCCUCAGCGAUCUGCUUGACGUGUACAAGGUUGAGACGGUGGGGGAGGUCUACAUGGCUGUCGUGGGAUGCCCGGAGAUGAUCGUCAACCACGCGGACGUCGCGGCUCACUUCGCGCUCGCGGCCCAGCAGAGCAUGCUGCACCUGCGCGGCAGGCUCCGCUUCAUCGCCAAGCAGGAGUGUGAUGGCGCCGACGAGACCAACAGCCGUGGCUCGGCCGACAACGAGGACUCGCCAGAGGGGCUUGACAUGACUGGCGGGGCACUCCGGAAGCGGGUGGCCAUGCCCAUCGAGCCUUGGCCACUCUGCGACGACUCGGCGUGUACGAAGUUGACGGCUUUCGUCGUGGCAGCUCCAGAGGAGCCGGCUGGGGCUGAGGCAGCAGAGCUCGCGCGUCGCACGCUUGGCGACUGGUUCGGGGUGAGCCCUGGACAGGUAUUCUUCAUGGACGCGGUGACGCCAGAGAUCGGCAAGCUGGAGGGGCUCCAGGUCCGGAUCGGGCUGAACUCGGGCAAGAUCCGCGCGGGGGUCGUUGGCUUCGAGGACCUGGUCGGCGAAUGGCCCAGGAGGCACCAGGCCAUCUUCGCACAAAGGCCGAACACAGACGUCAGCAGGGAGGUCGCCAAGGCCGCCAAGUGCGACGUGGAACUGUUCGGGCGGCUAAUCACACCAGAGGGGCGCGGACAGCUGUGGGAGGGGGCGCUGCAGCUCAGCACGCUGCAAUGCUGGCGGGCUGUGAAUGCUAACGUUGGCUCUGUUAUCGGCCUGAUGUCCUCUGGCGUUGCGGACACGGGCGUGAAAGAGCGCUUUCUCGUGGUGAGCCCGUCCACGCAGGAGAAGUUGACCGACGGCAUCUUUGUGGUCGAGCCCCGCGGCGAGAUACCCGUGAAGGGCAAGGGCACCAUGUCGACCUCGUUCCUCAACGGCUACGCAGAGGACGGCGGCGCCGAGAGCGUGGGGCCGCGCCGGCCGCGCCAGGUGCUGAUCCGCCGCAGCUCCGCCGUGCUCAGCGACGGCCCCGACAGACCUGGCAGGGCCGCCCUGUCCCGGAAGCUGUCUGGCAUUGACCAGCUGCUCCUGCUGGCCUCCGACAGGCACAAGCAGCCCGACCGCCUCGCGCUGCUGCAGAAGGAUUUGCCUCGGUACCUCGACGACAUGCUCCCGGUGCGGGUGUACAACGCGCGGGUCCUCACCAUUGGGUGGCUGCUGAUCGUGACCGUGAUCUCGGUCGUGGAUUAUUUUCUGCAGGAGGGCUCGCGGCAGGCCCUCGAGACCAUGCUGGUCCGGUCCGUGUGCAACGACGUGGUGGGCUUGCUGUACCUCCUCCUCACCGCGAGCGAGGACCACGAUGCGCGGUGGGUGCAGGCGUGGACCAUCAUCAUGCUGCUGAUACAGGGCGUGUCGGUGCUCUUCGGCAGGAGCCUCGCGUUCCAGGGCGAGCCCUCACUCGUGGCGUUGUACGGCGUCUGCGUCCUGUUCUACUCCGUGUGUAGCGUUCUCCAGCGCCUGUCCAUAUGUGUACUCGCCGUCGCCUGCUUCAUGGCGACGGAGCUGGCGCGGUGCGACGGCCCGGAGCGCUUCGAGGGCGUGCUCGAGAAGUUCAUGGGCAACGUCGUCUUCCUCGGGGUCUUCUUCGUGUUCAUGGCCUGCAGCGUGCGGCUGGAGGAGUUCCUGGGGCACGUGGCCAACUACGACCACUGCUUCAUGGACAAGCAGCUGGAGAUGAUGGACCAGGCCCGGUCGGCGAGCUCGCAGCUCCUGGCGAGCUUGCUCCCCGAGCACGUGGCGCACAAGGUCCUGGAGGGCGUGUCGCCGAUCGCGGAGCCCUGCGAGCAGGCCACCAUGCUGUUCACCGACAUCAAGGGCUUCACCGCCUACGCCGCGAACCUGACACCGCAGGAGCUCGUUGACCUGCUGAACUCUAUGUACUCCGCGUUCGACGAGAUCAUCGUGAGCUGGGAGCUCUACAAGGUGGAGAUCAUAGGCGACGCCUACUUUGUGACGGCGGGGUGCCCGCCUCCCGAGAACCCCGAGGACCGCGUGGGGCCCGAGGAGUGCGCCAUGCGGGCCGUGGAGGUGGGCCUGGCCAUGCUGCGGACCCUGCCCACGCUGCCCUGGGGCAGCGACGGCACCCAGCUCGAGAUGCGGGUUGGGCUGCACACUGGCUCGGUGGUGGCCGGGGUGGUGGGCAAAAAGGGCCCGCGUUACCAUCUCUUCGGUGCCGCCGUGGGGUACGCCAGCCAGAUGGAGUCGACGGGGCAGCCCGGCCGCGUCCACAUCAGCGACGAGACGUACGGGCUGCUGCGGGCCGGGGGCUACAGCUAUGACUUCGAGGAGACGUGGGUGGAGGUGGAGGGCCUGCAGGAGAGGGCCCGAACCUGGAACGUGAACAAGAGCAAGGACAGGGCCGCACAGAAGAUCCAGACCAAGCUCCUGCGGCAGCGGGCCAGCAAGCGGAACUUCGUGGCCCGGGAGGCGACGGCAGCCAUGGCCACCCAGCUCGGCGGCGACGGCCACGCGGGCAGCGACGGCAGCUGCGAGGAUGGCAGCCAGGAGGCGUCCCGCUCCCCCGCGCGCUCCCGCCCGGGCUCGCCCUCCCGCUCCCCAUCCCGGAGGUCCCCCGCGCGCUCGCCGACGCGCUCGCGCCCGAGGCUGGAGCCGCUCUCCGGCCGCGCCGCCGUGAGCCCGCAGGAGCUGAGCUGA